UAACCAGCAACAGCACCACAAACCAUCGAGAGAAAAGGACCCCAGUUUGGCAGUAAUGGGAGAGUUUGGUGGUACAGGAUUAUUGCUUUCCUUGAUGCUUCUCUGGGCAGCAAAAGCAUCAAAUGAAUUUUCCAAAAUUAUGGCUGAUGAAGAAUCAGGUAUCACCAUCACAACCAAGGAAGGCACAGCAACUGCAAUGUCAGAUGUGACAGCUUACAAGUUACUCGCCAUGGAGGGCACAACAUUUUCAACAUCUGGAAUGACAUCAACCUCAAUUGUUCCCCAAACAACCACUGACUCUUCUACAAGUCCUACUCAGUCAUUAGAAUUUAUCUCACCAUUCUCCAGACUUACUGACCACACCAGUGCUUCUGAGGGAAGCACCUUCAAAACUGAAGCGCAAACCUCGGGUGUGAUGUCAACAGACAUUACUGCCAUAGGCUCUCAACCAGCCAACACAACUGAGCUAUUUUCCACCACUCCUGGACCUUCAACGAUACAACAAGCUGCCACAAGCUCUCAAACUGUAAGCAUGACUGAUGACACAACAGUUAUGGCAUCAAAUACGACUGAUCAAGUCACUACUCCUAAAAUGCAUACAACUACCAAGCUCACUUUUACAACUGGAAUUAUAUCUACAACAAAACCACUGCCUACUCCUCCACCGUGCUUGAAUGGUGGGACAUUUAUAAAUGGUGUAUGCCAUUGCCUUGGCAAUUUUGAAGGAAGUAAAUGUGAAUCGUAUAGUUCUUUAGUGACAAUUGAUUCCACUGACAUGGCAACGGAGGUUAAAGUAAAAAUUAAUGAAACAUUUCAUGAAGAAUACACCGAUCCACAGUCACUUCAAUACAAAGAGUUUGUCCAGGACUUCACAAAUAAGAUGGAAUUAGUGUAUCGUCGAAAAGUUGAAAAUUACAUGAGACUGAAUAUCAUAAAAAUCAGCCAAGGCAGCGUCGUCGUGGAGCAUGAAGUGGUAGUAAAUAUAACGAAUGGACCAAACAUCACCGAGGCAGUCAAUCAGAUUCCCGAAGAAAUUGUGGAAGCUUUGAAGCUUUGCAUGGCAGGAGAAUGUUCAGGGAUUGAAUUUCUUGAGACCCCAACUGUUGUGAAACCGACAUUUUCCCCACAAUUGAUUUGUGAUCAGCACAUUCCCAAGGAGUACAGGAAUUACUACACUGCAAUCAUGGAGACAGGAGGAAUCACCUGUGUCUCUUUGUGUGACAGCGAACAUAACAACACUAAGAACUGCAACACAGGCGACUGUCGAAUCAUGAACACCGGCCCAACCUGCAAAUGUCCAGAAGGUUACUGGUACUCUGAGACAGACUGUUAUGGACCCAUCCAGAAGAUUGCUGUGUUUUCUGUGACUGGAGUUCUAGCUGCAGUGCUUGUUAUCUUUGUGAUGACUUCUAUCAUAUGCAUGGUCUAUAAGGGAAAACAGACUAAAAGAUUGAAGGGCAGUAAAGAUGACCAGAUGACAGAAUGGGUAGAGGAUGAUUUUCAUUGGUCUUCCUCUCAUAAGGGGGCGGUACCGGUGGGAUUCUCCAGAGAGUUCUCAACAGAGACCAAGCUCCCCUCCCAUAAUAAUAGCUUUGAUGGUUGGCAAUUUGAAGCACAGCGUCAUUUACAAAGUAUGUCUUCUGGUUCAGUCACUGGAUCUUCCUAUUAUGGGCCCCAACAGUAUCUCGCCCACAAAAGGCCCGAUUCUGUCUACCAGUCAUUCUAUGGACAGAGAAAUGACGCAUGGGGGCACAUGUCACAAACGACUCCCAGAGAUCCACAUCUCAGCAAAGACAUGCAGACUUACUAGGCAACCCCCUGCUGAAGGAAGAAGACUGCUGUUCACUCCAGAGCAGGAAGAGCACAUCAUAAUCUUCAGAUCAGACAAUCACACAACUCUACGACCACUGCAACGGCACAUCAUUACUGACAACAUAAGGUUCUCACGCUUCCAUUCAGUGAGCUUAUCCACAAUCAACUGUCUCCUGAAAGCCAUCACCGAUCCAUGAAGAAGCUAUACAGGGUACUGUUUCAGCACAACUCUGACAGUGAGACAAUUACACAAUUACACAAGUAAGCAAUUCUCUCAUUGGAUCUGUAUUCCAGUGUACUGUGCAACACAAUAUUGACUACUUCAUCUCUCUUCAUACUGUCAAACAAUACGUUAAUGCUUUCUUGCCUGUUUCAAAGAGUGAUGGAGCUAGAUGUUGCUGUAGUGGACCAGGAGUUCCUUUACAUUGAUGGAGCUGGCUUUAACCUUCCCAAAACACAGCACAGGGGAAGGAACAUCAUAGGACACCUUGCCAUUGUCAAAGUCCCUGGACAAUGUUGUGGCAACAUCACAAUGUGCAGCCAUUAGCCAGAAUGGGAUCAUUCGUCACCUUGCCACUCUUGGUCCCUACAACACUGACCACAUCACCUUCCUCAAAACCCUACACAACGUAGUCCUAAUGACCAGACUUUAGGACUGGAGCAGUCCAGUGGAAGUGGAAGUUCUCACUGUGCGGCUCUGGUACGGAAAUGUUUCUUUGACCACUCAUGAUUUUUGAUACUUUAUCUGCCACCAUGCUUUCCGUUCCUCAAUCCAAUUGAAGAGUUCUUUUCAGCGUGGCAAUGGAACAUUUAUGAUUGGCCAUUCCACCGAUGCAUACCCGUUCUCCAGCGGAUGGAGGUGGCCCGUGCUGUGCAUUGAUGUGGGAGCAUGCCAGGGCUGGAUACGUCACUCUAGAUCCCUAUUAUUCAAAUCGCGGUCCUCGAGGUCCGAGCAUUGCUGGUUUUCCAGCCUUCCUUUACCUGUGAGCCAAGUGUGAACCCUCAGACCAAUCAGAAUCAGUAAUUAUUAAACUAACUAACUGGGAGAACUGAAAACAAGGCCUGGAUUUGGAAUUGAGGUCCAGAUUUGAAGAAACCUGCUCUAGAUGGUACUUCCCCCGCUGUUUGGCCAGAGAGAACAUUGCUUCAGAUGUUCUAUAUCCAGACCUAAAGAGAAGACAGGACGCACCAUAGUUUUUCCUUUAGUUCACAGUAUCAAGCCUCUUAUAUCUUCCAUGACAGUAUACACAGCAGGUACUGUCUGUUACUGUUCACGCCAAAACUAAAAAUUCCCCUUAUAUUUCUCUUUUAUAGUGUAUAUGUACUGAAUUUGCAUACAAUGCCUAUAUAUUUGUGAAAACACAUGUACGUGUGAGUUGUGGUAAACUUUUACAACAGUCUGAUGUGCACUGCACACUGAAAAUGCAACAGCCACAAGUUCAUAGUGUGUUCCAUUUAUCACAUCAGUGUGUAGUUCGCCUAUAUAAAGGGCUAUCCAUUGAAUAUUCGUGGGUAGUUUGCAUGCAAAAAUGCCAUUCUGGCAAGAGUUAAAAUAGUCUUGGGUAAAGUGUUUGCUUUAUCAAGAAGUGUGUGAUGUUUUGCAUGUUGUGUGUGUGCCAUUUUGUGUGUUAAGUUUUCACAAAUUGAGCCAUAGAUUCAGAAAUUGUCUAAGCACUAGUAAAAACUAUAAUUUAGAAACGUUAAGCUAUACAUCUCUGGAAAAAACCAAGAUCACUCUAUAUUUAUAAAAAAAAAUCUGCAUUU